UCGUUCGGUGGUUCGAGUCGAGAUUAGAAGAUGCGUUUCGGGGCGGUGGCGCUGGGCCUUUCCCUGCAGGCUUUCGCUUUUCUGGCUCUGCCGGCGAGCGGGCUGCAGAAAGAAGGCGCCUCUGCGGACGACGUUCAAAUCGAAGUCGUGCACGUCCCCCAAGAGUGUCAGCAAAAAAGCAAGAAGGGCGAUCUACUGAAUGCCCACUACGACGGCUACUUGGCCAGUGAUAAGUCCAAGUUUUAUUGCAGCCGGACACAAAACAAAGGUGACCCCAAAUGGUUUGUUCUCGGCGUUGGGCAAGUCAUCAAAGGAUUAGAUAUCGCCAUGCUGAAUAUGUGUCCUGGAGAGAAACGCAGAGUGAUCAUUCCUCCUUCGCUAGCAUAUGGGCAACAAGGAUAUGAACCAGCAAAAAUUCCACCGAAUGCGACACUGAUCUUCGAGAUUGAACUGUAUGCAGUAACUAAAGGACCACGAAGUGUUGAAGCUUUUACUCAAAUAGACCUGGACAGUGACAAAAAACUCUCAAGAGAUGAGAUAAAUGAUUAUUUGAAGAGAGAAUUUGAAAGAGAUGGAAAGAAACGUGACCUGUCAGUUCAUGAGACUAUUUUGGUUGAUAUAUUUAAAAAGAAUGACCAUGACGGAGAUGGCUUCAUAUCUGCCAAAGAAUACAACGUCUACCAACACGAUGAACUAUAACAGAUGAGCGCUAUGAGUUCUGUUCAUUGCCUUAUGGAUGGGGAAGGAGCCCCAAUUUAGCAGUUCCUCUUGAGUGGACAUCUAGUUUCAGUGAGCUUGAGGGCUGCUUCCCUGUACGCUUCAGUGGAGCAAACAUGGCCAUAAUCAUAACCCACUGUCCCCUCCUUUGAAAACAAUAUGAAAGUUUGCUUAGGCAGAAGCCCUUAAUGCACACCAGAGUGAAGGCGGAGCUGUGGAUUAUAGGCGGUUAGCGUUGCAGUCCAGUAAACAGCUGUGUCCUCUUCUGUCCAAUUGACAUCUCUGGGAAUCAUACACAACUUCUGCCUAGCUGCAACAUUCCAAAAUGUGUAUCCUGUUUUUUGUACUUUUCAUUGUGAUUUUUAUGUCUUUUUAUCAAGAAUAAAAUUAGUUAUAUUUCAGUAA